AUGCCUAUCUCAAAGAAGGAUCGCAAACAAGGAGCACAAGAGGGCCGACGCUGCCGGUACUCGCGCUCCCGUCAAGCCCAACGGUCUCCCCGUCAAGGCCCCCAAGCCCACCUCCAUCUGCCAAAAUUGCCGCAAGGAGAUUGUCAACACCAACAAGCUCCAGCUCGAGGUCCACGCGUCAACACACGACGCUAA